GAGACUGGGUGGUACUACGGUGCCAGCAGAGCAAGAAAAGUCCCACAGAUUGCAGAAGUGGGAGGGGAAGGGAGGGAGAGGCAACAUGCGUUUGAGUGGGUCAGCAGGCUAAAGAUAGCACGACUGGUAGAGACAUCAGGGUUUGAGAGAGUGAGAAACACAGAUAGACCGGAGUGCAUGCGUGAGAGCCGUGCGGCGGCAAGUCAGGUACAUCUGCAACUUGAACUGGAAGUGCUCCUCCGCCAUGCAUAUUUUACAGUCCCACUGCGUCAUCAGGUCAGCGCUGUGGCUCAAUGGCCCGAAAAGGAAGAGGAAGAACAGCCAAUGUUCGGUGAAGAGCAUGACUGGGUACAUACCCAGCUACCUCGAAAAGGAUGAGCCAUGUGUGGUGUGUGGUGACAAGGCCACAGGCUACCACUACCGCUGCAUUACCUGCGAGGGCUGCAAGGGUUUCUUCCGUAGGACCAUUCAGAAGAACCUCCACCCCGCCUACUCCUGUAAGUACGAUGGCUGCUGCAUCAUCGACAAGAUUACCCGCAACCAGUGUCAGCUCUGCCGCUUCAAGAAGUGCAUUGCAGUGGGCAUGGCCAUGGACUUGGUGCUGGACGACUCGAAGCGGGUGGCUAAGCGGCGGCUAAUUGAGGAGAACAGGGAGCGGCGCAAGAAGGAGGAAAUGGUGAAAACUCUCCAAACCCGUCCAGAGCCCACCGGGGACGAGUGGGAGGUGAUCCACCUGGUGACGGAGGCCCACCGACACACCAACGCUCAGGGCGCCCAGUGGAAACAGAAGCGCAAAUUCCUGCCAGACAAAAUCGGCCAGUCCCCGGUCGCCCCCACGUCAGACGGAGACAAGGUGGACCUGGAGGCCUUCAGCGAGUUCACCAAGAUCAUCACUCCUGCCAUCACCCGAGUCGUCGACUUUGCCAAAAAACUGCCCAUGUUCUCCGAGCUACCUUGUGAAGACCAGAUCAUCCUGUUAAAGGGCUGCUGCAUGGAGAUCAUGUCUCUCCGAGCCGCCAUGCGCUACGACCCGGAGAGCGAGACGCUGACGCUCAACGGCGAGAUGGCCGUGAAGCGCGAGCAGCUGAAGAACGGCGGGCUGGGCGUCGUGUCGGACGCCAUCUUCGACCUGGGCAAGAGCCUGGCGCAGUUCAACCUGGACGACACGGAGGUGGCGCUGCUGCAGGCCGUGCUGCUCAUGAGCUCAGACCGCUCUGGUCUGACCUCCAUGGACAAGAUCGAGAAGUGCCAGGAGACCUACCUGCUGGCGUUUGAGCACUACAUCAACUACCGCAAGCACAACAUUCCCCACUUCUGGCCCAAGCUCCUGAUGAAGGUGACGGACCUGCGGAUGAUCGGGGCGUGCCACGCCAGCCGCUUCCUCCACAUGAAGGUGGAGUGUCCCAACGAACUCUUCCCGCCGCUCUUCCUGGAGGUCUUCGAGGACCAGGAGGUGUGAAACACAGCUGCCACCAUGCAAAAGGAAGUGGAAGUUGGGGCAAACUGGGAGAUGGGAAGGGCCAUCGUUUUUUAUAGGGGAAGGAUGGAGGGAGAGUCCUCUCGGCAGGAAUCUGCAUUUCUCCGACGUCACAUUUACAGUAUGUGGUUUCAAAACUGGAAGCAGCGAUCACAGAAACAACACACCAGCAACAGGAGAGUCAAGCAAACAGAGGAUUUUGUUUUUCGAACACCCUCUCCUCCACCUCUUUCUCCUCCUUUUACUUACCCCUGUUUUAAAAUCCGUGUGGGGGCCCUUCUGUCUGAGCAUGAUGUCUUAUCUAGUAAGAGUUGUAGCCAUUUGCCAAGACACGUACACAGAUACACACAACACUCACACACACACACACACACACACACUGAGCCACAGCCUGUUCCACCUCAGUUCUUCAGAGCGGCGCUCUUUGCAGGGGUCCGUUUCCCCGUUCUGGGGGAACAGAUUUACACAUUUUGAAGCCCAUGUUUUCCAGCCGUCACGCUGGCCAGCACCUCUCAGUAUUAUUUCUGAAAUCACUCUUCAGGCAGUAGAUUCAGAAAAAAAAAACAAAAAAAAACACCGUCAUCAGUGACAUAUUGUUGCUCACAGUCAUGCAGGAUCAGCAAAAACACUGCACGUUGAUAUAUAUAUUCAGCAGGCCCUCGAGGCAUUUCUCUGGUGUGUAAUGGCUGUCGUCAAACGGAGCUACCAGACCUACCGUAGUUCAUUAUCAACUCCUCAACUCAAUCUGAGCCGUUACAGCUGUUCAUGGAGCUCCUUCCUGUUAGAUCCCAGUGAAACCGGUGCUAUAUUUAUACAAGGCUACUCCACUUUUAUGAAAUUGUGUUGUCUACCUUUUCGGGGGGGAAAAAAAAAAACAAACAAACAAAAAAAACCGUGCAGACCAUGGCUCCAUAUCUACCUUCAUUUGUGUCAUUGGACCGGCUCCUGUGACGUACAGUGCACAUGCAAAAACACACACACACACACACACACAUAUGAGCAGACUUGCCUUGUCAUUGCCCGUGCUGCUUGUGCCAGCAGCCUACUGUCUAGUGAAUGACAAUUAAGUCCCUCGCUCUCUCUCCAAGGAGUUACUGCAUUGUGGGAAAGAAAGAAAGCGAGAAGAGAGGAGAGGAGAGAAAAAGGGGGGUGAGGGAGUUACUUGGAAGGGGAGAGAGGGGAGGAGCGGAGAUGGAGAGAGGGGGUAAGAUUUAAUAGGUGGAUCGUAGAUCCAGAGCCAAGAGUCGGGAGUAAAUCUCCCACAUGCAGACUGUAAGGAGGUUUCGAAUAGCAGCAACCAGCAGCAAGACGGCAAAAGCUCAUCUUACACACACACACACACACACACUUUCUCUCUAUAUCUGUGUCUCACACACACACACACACACACACACACACACACACACACACACACACACAAACAUGAAAACACACAUCACCUCAAAGUAACGUGAAUGCCUCAUUUUACUGUAUAUGAUAUACAGCCCUAACCUGCAGGGUUUGUUCAGAGUCCACUCCUCACGGACUCCGCUCAGUGUGGCCCCUCCAGGCUUCCAUACACAUUUGCCUUUUUUUACCAUGGGCAGUCACUGAGAGCAGGCAAAAUGCCAAGAAGGCUACCAUUUACCUCAAAGUGGACACACCCCCAGGCUGGGGCAGCAAUACUGCCCCUGUGGUGUCAGGCACUACCUCACCUCUGUGGACACAGGGCAGCUGCCCACAGCCUACACACAGACAUACACCAUCCAAGUUGGCGCAUGUGUAGAUUAACACACAACUGUGCAUAAUUUUUUGCCUAUAGGUGCACACUUGUAGUCAUGGAAAGACAAAAAAAAAAAAAACACUCACGGCAUACAACACACACCACACCCUCAGUGCUAUCACUUGGUUGAAAUGAAAAUACCACUGAAGACAGGAGGGCCAGCCAUCCCCCUGGAACGUGUCACCCACUCCAGGGAAUGGUACCCAUUACAUUCGGGUUAUCUCUUUUUUGUUAUAUGGGACCAAGUGUCAUCUUUUUCGAAAAUUUGGAUUUACCAGUUUCUGUCAAAGCAGAAAAAUCGACUCACAGAAGCGACGAAAGGACAGUGUGGAUGUGCAGCCCAGCUAACGCCCAUCGACGCAUGCGGCGGGAGGAUGGAUACCAGAUAACUGAGAGCCAGUGGUGGCCACGUCCACUGAAUUAGCGUGCACAGAAAGGGCGGUUUUCCUUCUGCAUCAUGGCGAUCUUCCACAGUGCAUCUACGAUGACUGCCACUGGAUCUUGAUCAGUAAUCCGGAUGAAAUAAGCUUUCUCUCGUGCAUGGACGCGUGCAUCAGAUGUGGGGGGAAUAAAAAAAAGGUGGAACCUGAAAUGAGGCAAUUUAAAAGUUCCUGAAGCUUCACUCACUUUACCAACGCUCACCACUAUUGCAGUAAUAUCCCACUGCAGAUACCCAUGGCAGAUAUCGUAAUGUACAAGCCAAAUGACCAUUCAAGAAUGUAGAUUUGAUCGUAAAAAGCCCGCUCUGUUCAUUCCAAUUCUGGGGGCCAAGCCAAAUCUAACUGGGUUUACCACUCUUACGAGAAGAGAAUGGAAGAUAAAGAGAGACAAAGAAAAUCUAUUUUAUACUCAGUGCCGAGCAGUAGUUCAUAUUGGGCACUUGUACAGGAAGGGUCAUCUGCACCCCUCAGAAGUACCUAAGCAGAGUAACGCGUGGCAGGGAUCACGGGGGCGUCGCUGCGGAUGGCCGAGUCUGGAGCGAGGAGAGAGGAACUGGAACGCCAUGUUUGGGCACAAUGGCGGAGUCUGGUCUGACUCCCCUCCACAAACAUCAUCCCCCACCUUCCAGAGAUCCAUCACCUGCCCUGCCUCACCCUACCCUACCACAAUGAGCCUAGCUCUGACUGAACUGUACCCCGUCACCAUCGAAACAGCCCCCCCCUACCCAGCCAGGCUGGUGUUAGAGUGGAGUUUUUGCACUAUUGUAGCAGUCCUCCCUUCAGCCCCUAAUCAUUAAAGUUUAACGUUUACCCCUUGUUGGAUUGAUUAACUUCCCUGCUGCUCUGUGUAAAACGGAGCAGUGUCGGAGUAUUUGGCUGCUCUGUGUAACAGAGGCUGGCAGCCGCAGUGGGCUCAGUCCCAAACCUGUCCCCUCGUCAGUAUUAGACCGACAGCACAUGACCCUCGCCCCGGUACCGACCCGACCAGGGGUGGAGAGAGAGCCCUGCGAAGGCUAGGCUAGGAGGGCUGUGUUGCACUUAACCAUUCUCCUUUUUAGAACUCAUUUUGCCAUCAUCCCUCCUAUAGCAGCCCAGUGACAUUUCAAAUCCAGAGCCCUCCCUUCCAUCAUCACCCUCUCUCCCCCUCUCAUCUACCCUAGGGACCCCCCCCCCCCACCCCCAAGAAUCAUUGACAAAUCAAACGGGAUCCAGGUCUCACCCUUGUCAGACAAGGCUGGCCAUUAACUGCCCUUAACAGAGGCGCCACCGGAUGAAUGUGAACGGCAAAGAAAAAAGCAGCAGCAGCGACGCGAACGAGAGACUUUUGAGCGCGAGAAUGUGAGGAUGUGAGAGAGGAAAAGAACGCAUGGGACAGGAAACAAAAAGCUGAGGGCCUCAAACCCUCACCGCCAUCAUUGACAUGGGCGAGAGAGGGCGAUGUGGCCGGUUGUAGAGACUGAUGUUAACAAACACUCGGAGGGAAGGGGAGGCGGAGAUGUCAGGAAUACGUACGGCCUCCCCUUCGGAUCCCAAAAACAACCCCCAUAUUCGCCCCCCUCCACUCCCAUGCCAGCUGAUAACCCCAAAUGCCCCCCCGCCCCCCCUUCAGCUCCCUCCAAAAAAAAGGAUAACCACCUCCAAGGAUCGACAUAUUCCAGCGAUGCAGGUUUGGAAUUCCAACACGUCUUUGUCAAAGAACUGAAAAAGAGAAAACUAAAAAAAAAACAAAAAAAAAAACAAAAAAAACCUUAUCGAUGUCCUUUGUUCUCGUGUGAGCUGACCGGGUAACGUGUGUUUGACAGAAGGGGUUAUAAUGCUGCUUUUUACCUUCUGAGUCUGAUUUAGAUUAAGAAAA